AUCCCCGCAUUCCCGCCCAGCCUUGCCAUUACCCGGGGCCGGCGGUGCCGCUCCUCCCGGUGGCUGCGGCGGGAGGCGGCGCCGGUGGGGGCGGGAGACGGUGGGGACACGGGGCAGCAAUCGAGCGCCGCCGGACUGCGGCGUCACUGCGGGCCUGCGCCGGCCCCGCUCCGGCACCGGACGGCACUGGGAGACACCGGCAGAGGAAGCGGCCCUGCGGCACCGGCACCGGAGGGCACCAGGACCGGCCCCGGGAGCGGUCCCGGUGCCGCAGCGCAGCCACCGCCCCUGCCCCGGGCAGCGCUCCUCACCCGGCCCGGCCCCGGGAUGGGGCCCGGCGGCCCGGGGAGCGGCUGGCCCCUGGCCGGGACCCUGCUCGUGGCCGUGGCCGCCUCGAUGGUGGCUGGGGGCGAGGACUGCCUGUGGUACGUGGACAGAAAUGGAUCAUGGCACCCUGGCUUCGACUGCGAGUUCUUCACCUUCUGCUGUGGCACGUGCCACCAGCGAUACUGCUGUCGAGACCCUCUGCGCCUGCUCACGGAGCGCCAGCAACGCCACUGCCUAGCCUUCAGCCCCAAGACCAUCGCGGGCAUUGCCUCGGCCGUGGUGCUUUUCAUCGCCAUCGUCACCACCAUCGUCUGCUGCUUCAUGUGCUCCUGCUGCUACCUGUACCAGCGCCGGCGGCACCCCCGCACCCCCCUGCAAGGAUCGGAGAUCCCCCUGUCAAGCUACCCCCCCGCAGCCCCCCUAGCUCCCUUCCCCGUGGACCCCAAAGCUGGCCCUGUGCCUCCCCAGCCCGGCUUCACCCCCAUGGCCAUGUACCCCCCGCCCGGCCCCGCCGCCCAGUACCCCAUGUACCCCUCUGGCCCCCCUGUCUACAACCCCACAGCACCACCGCCCUACGUCCCAGCACAGCCCAGCUAUCCUGGAGCGUAAGGCCCUGCGGGGACCCUGGCACCCGCCGCCGGCCAGCGGGGCCAGGCUGGGGGGGUGCCCCAGCCAGGGCUGGAUCGGGCUCCUCCCGGCCAUCCUGGGGUGAUCCGGUGCCAGCAGCACAGGGCAGCCCUUGUGCUGCACACUGGGCCCUUUGUGGGUGGCUACCCUCCGCCCCCCCCACCCAGCUCUGGGUGCCAGCGGCUGUGAGCAUCUGCAGGUGGGUCCCCGGAGGGGUCCCCUGAGGGCCAUGCAUCUCCACCCCUUGCACGCCCACCUCUGGAUUCAGCCCCGGCUCUUCCUCCCCGGGGUUGGCAUUAAACCACAUCUUGUGCCCACAGCCUGAUGUCAUCUU